UUCAACCAAUAGGAAAGGUUUCAGUGUGACGUUGCUCUGUCACUGCAGUUUAAAUGCCCAGAAGGUCACCUUCAUUCGCCCUGUUGUUGUCAGUUUCCGCAGCUGCAGUACUUCCUUAAAAUUUCUCCGUAAACAGUAAAUCAAAAUGGCACACUUCAGUUACCUUUCCGAACAGCAGCAAACUGAUUUGCGAAAUAUUGCUGAAGCCAUUGUUGCUCCCGGCAAAGGCAUUUUGGCUGCCGAUGAAAGUACAGCAACAAUGGGUAAGAGGCUUACUAAUAUUGGAGUUGAAAAUUCUGAAGACAAUAGGAGAGCAUACAGACAACUGCUGUUCACAUCUGACAAAUCCAUGGACAAUUACAUAAGUGGCGUAAUCCUAUUUCAUGAAACCCUCUUCCAAAAAAGUGAUGAUGGAACAAACUUUGUUACACUUCUUCAAAACAGAGGCAUUAUUCCUGGAAUCAAAGUAGACAAAGGUGUUGUUAAUUUGAUGGGUACUGAUGAAGAAAGCACAACUCAAGGUCUUGAUGAUUUGGCUACAAGGUGCCAAGAAUAUCAUAAACUUGGUUGUCGAUUUGCCAAAUGGAGAUGUGUUUUGAAAAUCAGGGAUCAUACCCCAUCUCCACUGGCUAUUUUGGAAAAUGCUAAUGUUCUUGCUCGUUAUGCUACAGAGUGCCAAAAGGCUGGAAUUGUGCCCAUUGUUGAGCCAGAGAUUUUGCCUGAUGGUGACCAUGACUUAGAAAGGUGCCAAAAAGUGACUGAAAAAGUUUUAGCUGCUGUUUAUAAAGCUCUUAGUGAUCAUCAUGUAUAUUUGGAAGGAACUCUAUUGAAACCCAACAUGGUUACUCCUGGUCAGAGCUGUUCUAAGAAAUAUACUGCUCAAGAUAUUGCUAAAGCUACCGUGACUGCAUUGCAAAGGACUGUACCUGCUGCAGUUCCAGGAAUAACUUUCUUAUCUGGUGGGCAAUCUGAGGAAGAAGCUUCCAUCAAUCUUGAUGCUCUCAACAAAUAUCCUGGCAAGAAACCAUGGGCUCUGACUUUCAGCUAUGGUCGUGCUUUGCAGGCGAGUGCUCUGAAAGCAUGGUCUGGCAAGAAAGAAAAUGUAAAGGCUGGCCAGGAUGAGUUCUUAAAACGAGCUAAGGCAAAUGGACUUGCAUGUCAGGGCAAAUAUGUACCAGGUUCAAUUCAAAGCCUUGCAUCCCAAAAAUCCAAUUUUGUGCCUACACACUCCUAUUAAUUUCUACUGCAUGUCUUUUUUUUUUUCCUUUGCAUGUGCUUGAAUGUUUACUUUUACACUUUGACAUUUUCUUUCCAUUUUUAUCCAUUCAUUAAGUGCCAAUUUUUUUAUUUGUUAAUGCUGCAUUGCUGCGCUAUUUUUAUUUUGAAAAACUUUGCUUAUUCGUGAAACAUUCUUUUUAAGAUUUCAUCCUUUGCCUUUGUCUUAUGUGUAAUACCUAACUUUCUAAAUGUUGUUGUUCUCUGAUUAUAU